AUGGCUGCAGCCGGAGAGUCGCGCGCGGACCGCUUGAACCAGCGCCUCCGAGGCGCACAGCGCACAAACGUCGGCGAUGAGUCGUUUAGCCUCGACAUCGCAGGCCUGGGCGCCUCCAGCUCGCCCCGCGGGACGCCGGGCUCGUCGGGGCGGAAACGCAAACGCGGUGACGCUCAGCCGUCGAGCUCGGCAAGGUCUGUGCCGUCCGCGAGGGACCCGUACGACCUGCUCAGCACUUCUAAGGAAUCUGACGGGCAGGCGAGGCCACCCUCGGUGCGCAGUGCGUCCACUCGCCGGUCCAGCAGCAGGCUACCUCAGGACGCCGACGAGCUCGAGGUGCUCCCCGCGCCGCCGAGCGUCAAGUCUCCGUUGCGAAUCCGUGUAUCGUCGGCGGUGGAGGAAGUGGAGGAGAGCCCUGCGCAUGCGCCCGGCAGCGGACGGCGCCGGAGCGUGCCCCUCACCGCCGCCGCCAGCUCGUCGACGCGACUGCUGAGCGCUCUGAGCACAGACGACGCGGCACCGUCGUCGUCGCCCCUCGCGGACAAGUCCAGACGGAGCAGCGUCCGCAGAUCCAGCGCCAGACCCGUACCGACAAUCCCCGAAGACGACGAGCUUCACGAGCCGGCGCCUGAGCAACACUCCGACACCGAGCCACCCCAGCCGGAGCCGGAGCUCGACGACGACUCACCGGCCGAGGAGAUUGGCGCAGAAGAGGCGGCCAACGCGCUACGCCGACCGAGACUCACUAGCAGUCCCGAGCUCGGCUCCGCAGACGUCGCAGAGGCGCCGCCGAAGCGGCCACGCGGCCGGCCCAGCAAGAGCCCCGCCAAACAGAGGCAGCCGGCGCGCAAGCCCAAGGCAAAGGCACAAGCACCACGGCGCAAACGAACCGCCAAGGACGAUGUCGACGACGAUUCCAAGGACGGCGACGCCAUCGAGAUCACGGUGCAGCGCUUCGUCAACCACAAGCGGCGCGACAGCUCCGACCCGCUGCAGACGGAGAUUCCGUUUGCCAACCGCAGCGGCGAGACAGUCGUCGACGUGUUCGCCCAGGUCUGCGACGAGGUCAUUGCCACGACGCUCGCGCAGUUCGAACAGCUCCUGGAAGAGGCAGACAAUGCCAAGAAGAAGGAGUACCGCAUCAAGAUGCGCGCCAUCGAGGCGUACAGGGAGGAGCUCAACUCGCGGCUGUUGCAGCAUGCCAUACACUUGGAUCACUGGCACUCGCUGCGGAAGCAGGUGCGCCAGGCGCAGAAAGAGAAGCUCUCUCUGCGCGACGAGAUACUGCGCCUCAGAGGGGAGAGGGAGCAGGUCGCUCUGCGAAUGGACGCAAUCCGCGUCAAGCACGAAGCGGAGAGCCAGGCAUCUACGCGCCGCAUCAACGCCUCGACGCUCAUGCACGACAUCGAUCUCGCCGUCGAACAAGGACAGGGCGCCGCGGAGCUGUCUCGCGCGGCGCAAAAGGCGGCCGACCUCGGCAACCUGGACCUCCUCCUUGCGCGGGUCGUCGACGAAGCCAGUUCGGCCAGCCCAGCAGGCGGCAUGCUGCGCCAGGUCACAGAGUUCAACGCCUUGCUGGAACGCGCCGCGCUGGCCCUCGAAUCGAGAUAG